CCGUCCUCCGCCCAACUCUCUCUCUCUCUCUCUCUCUCUCUCUCUCACUCAGGUGCUUCUUCGCCCAUGGCGCGCUAUGGAUUCGGAAUUCCGCUUCUGGGCUAUCCUGCGCCGGCUCGAAACAUCACCACGCUCACGCGGAUUCAACUUGGGGCUGCCCUCAUGAUGAUUAUGGCUGUAGCACUUGUUGUCGUCCACAACUCCAAUGGGAAAUGGGAGCUAAGAUUGAAUAAUCAAGGCGAUGUGGUCCAGUCGGAGAAGGGUGUGGUCGCAGCCGAUGAUGGCCGAUGCUCGGAGAUCGGGGUAUCGAUGCUGAGAGAAGGCGGGCACGCGGUGGAUGCAGGUGUGGCCACAGCGCUUUGCCUGGGUGUAGUCCACUCAAUGUCGAGUGGGAUAGGAGGUGGAGGUUUUAUGAUCGUCCGAUCUUCGGCUGACUCGCGAGCUGAAGCCUUUGACUGCAGGGAGACCGCUCCAUCAGCUGCUUCUCAGAACAUGUAUGAAAAGAAUCCUGCAACUAAGUCCAAAGGUGCACUCUCAAUGGGUGUCCCAGGUGAGCUAGCUGGUCUUCAUGCAGCAUGGAUGAAAAAUGGGCGCCUUUCUUGGAAGAUCCUCUUCCAACCAUCAAUAAAACUCGCCAGGGAUGGUUUUGUUGUCACUCCUUAUAUAAGACAAGGCAUCAAGAAUUCGGAGGCAAAGAUCAUGGCUGACCCAGGCUUACGUCGAAUGUUUGCACCUAAUGGGAAGUUGUUGGAAGCAGGUGAUACUUGCUACAAUGUCGAGUUGUCUCGGACUCUAGAGGCAAUAGCUGAACAAGGUCCCCAAGCUUUCUACAAUGGGACCAUUGGCGAGAGUUUUGUAAGGGAUGUGCAAGAAGCAGGUGGGAUCUUGACAAUGGAGGACUUGCGGCAGUAUCGAGUUCAAGUGCAGGAUGCUAUGAAUGUGAAUGUUAUGGGCUACACUGUUCUUGGAAUGCCACCUCCUUCAAGUGGAACUGUUGGGUUGGCUCUGGUCCUAAACAUUUUAGACAGCUUCGAACCAUCGGAUGCUGCGAAGGGUCCAAUGGGUCUUCAUCGCCUAAUCGAAGCUUUGAAGCAUAUGUUCGCUGUCCGAAUGAAUCUUGGUGAUCCCAACUUUUCAAAUAUUACAGAAUAUGUAUCAGAUAUGCUUUCACUUUCAUAUGCGAAGAAGCUUCAGCAAAAGAUACUUGACAACACCACGUUCCCGGCCGGCUAUUAUCUAACCAAAUGGAGUCAGCUAAGAGACCAUGGGACCAGCCAUUUUUGCGUCGUCGACGCUGACCGGAAUGCAGUGUCAAUGACGACUACUGUAAAUUACUAUUUUGGUGCAGGAAUUCUUUCACCUUCUACAGGGAUUGUGCUGAACAAUGAGAUGGAUGACUUCUCAACACCGACGGAAAUGACACCAGACAAACUUCCACCAGCCCCUUCUAACUUUAUAGAGCCUAAUAAGAGGCCUUUAUCUUCAAUGACUCCCAUUAUCAUCCUCAAGGAUAAUCAACUGGCUGGAGUUGCAGGGGCAAGUGGUGGUCUCUUCAUAAUACCAGCAGUCAUUCAAAUCUUUCUAAACCAUUUCAUAUUGGGCAUGGAUCCUCUUGCCUCUGUUCAGCAUCCUAGGGUUUACCACAAGUUGAUACCAAAUGUGGUGUUGUACGAAAAUUGGACAGUGAUAGAUGGAGAGCACAUCGAACUCUCUGAGGAUAACAAGAUCUUCUUGGAGGAAAGAGGUCAUCAUUUAAAGGCCCAAGCAACUGGGGCCAUCAGCCAGCUUGUGGUGCACAACCUUCAAAAUCAACUGCUCAACAUGGGAAGAAAACAUACAGGGUUCAACAGUGGGGUCUUUCAUGGAUUGCUUACUGCUGUGAGUGACCCAAGGAAAGAUGGUCAACCUGCAGGCUUAUGAAUUGUAUAUUUCUGAGACUCAGAGAGUUACUGCAACACAGCCUGUGGGGCCCUCAGUGUUGUCAGUGUGAAAUCCACUUUGUCCAUCAGUGUCACCAGUUCAUGUUAUUUCAAGAGCCCAAAAAUGAAGCAGAUCUAAUACUCAAGUGGGCCUCACCAAAAGAAACAUGGGGACCGAAUGCUCAGCAUUGUUACCUUGAUGAGUCCCACAGAAGUUUUGGAUCAGGCUGGUAUUUGUUUUUUGCCUUCAUCCUGGUUAGAAUCACCUUAUGAAUGGGUUGGAUGGCAUAUAAAUAUGACGGUGAGCCCCAGAAAGGUUUCAAUGGUGGGCGUUUUUAUCCCCACUGUUUCCUUUGGUGUGACCCAUUUGGGUUUUUUAUUCACCUCAUUUAGGGCUCUUGUUGUGGUUGUCCACAGGGCUCUGUGUUGCAGGAAACUGGCGUCUAUAUUUCUGUACUUAACAGUAUUGUAAUUUCAGUAUCUUCCUUA